GUCUUGAGCUCAAAUUGAAAACACGAGCUUCCUAAACCCUAGCAGCAGAGUCUUCCGUAAACCCAGCUCUCUUAGCUCUCACGCCUCGUCAAUUGUUGACCUGUAGGAUAGAUAUGGGCAACGAGAGCAAAACCUCGGCUUUGGAAUCGGAGCAGAAGGCUCUUCUUCUCCGUUCGGUAGCUCAAUACUUGGAACGAUGUGGUUUUUCCAAAUGCUUCAAGAAAUUGCUCUCCGAAGCUGAAAUCGAGAAGAAGGAAUUGAACACUAGUUUACCUGAUUUAGAGGAAAUUUUCAGCGAGUUUUUGAACAAGAGAGAUCAUGAAGCUGCAGCUAAUGGAAAUACCGAGGCGAAUGUAGUGGAAGCUGUAGAGAAUGUAAAGAAGGAUAAGAAGAAGAAGAAGAACAAGGAAACAAAGGUGGAGGUAACUGAGGAAGAGAAGGUCAAAGAGACUGAUGCUGUGAUUGAAGAUGGAGUUAAGGAGAAGAAGAAGAAGAAGGAAACUAAGGUGAAAGUAACCGAGGAGGAGAAGGUCAAAGAGACUGAUGCUGUGAUUGAAGAUGGAGUUAAGGAGAAAAAGAAGAAGAAGAGCAAGUCGAAAUCUGUUGAGGCUGAUGAUGAUAAGGAGAAAGUUUCAAAGAAAAGGAAAAGAUCAGAGCCUGAAGAGACUAAAGAAGAGACUGAGGAUGAUGAUGAAGAAUCAAAACGUAGGAAGAAGGAAGAGAAUGUAGUUGAAAACGAUGAGGGUGUUCAAGAGACACCUGUUAAGGAGACUGAAACUAAGGAAAACGGAAAUGCUGAGAAAAGUGAGACAAAGUCAACAAAUCAGAAGUCAGGAAAAGGGCUUUCUAACUCAAAAGAGCCGAAGAAACCGUUUCAGAGGGUGAACGUUGACGAAAUUGUGUACACUGAGAAUAGCAACUCGUACUAUUCAAAGGGUGGUGCUGAAAUUGGCUAUGGUCUUAAAGCUCAAGAGGUUCUCGGGCAAGUGAGAGGAAGGGAUUUCCGACAUGAGAAGACGAAGAAGAAACGAGGAAGCUACAGAGGAGGAUUGAUCGAUCAAGAGUCACAUUCGACUAAGUUUAAUAACUCAGACGACGAAGAAUGAUUGAUAAGCAGACAACACUGCCUUUUUGACAUUGCUUCGUUUCGAUUUAUCUUUUUCUUUUCUUUUGCUUUGAUCAUUUCAAUACCCGUAAUAGGGCUCAAGUUUUGUGUCUGUGCACUCCUUUGAUACUUAUAUGAACAUGAUUCAGUUUCAGUUUCUUGUUCACUAAAUUGACUUCAAAGAUUCUUGUUUUAAUUUCUGUGUGGCAUAGAAAAUGAGAAUUUGCUUAAAGAGUUGGGCUAGAUCCUGGAAAAUAGUUUUGAGUUCAAAACUUAACCG